AUGGAGAUGAUGCCGAUGAACGAUGGAAUCUCUUCACUCAGUUCGAGAACAACAGUAACAGAAGCAGCAGAAGCGAAAGCUGUUGCUGCAGGUAAGAGUCACAGUGAAGCUGAGAGAAGGAGAAGGGAACGGAUCAAUGGUCACCUGUCCACCCUUCGAAGUCUUCUUCCCAACACAACCAAGACGGACAAGGCAUCGCUACUGGCGGAGGUAGUGAAGCACGUGAAGGAUCUGAAGAAACUAGCUGAUGACGUGUCAUCUGAUAUGGGUUGCAGGGAGUGGUCGUUGCCGGGCGAGGUGGACGAGCUGACGUUGGAUUAUUGUGAUGAAGAAGCGAAACUGAUUAGGGCGUCGCUUUGCUGUGAAGACCAGCCGGAGUUGCUGAGGGAUCUGACGAGGGCGUUGAGGUCGGUGGAGGCGAAGGUGAGGGUGGUGAAGGCGGAGAUAGGGACGGUUGGAGGGAGAACGAAGAGUGUUAUUGUGGUGAAGAGAAGAUCAUCAGAGAGUGGGGCAGGGGAAGGGGAAGGGGAAAGGGAAGGGGAAAGGGAAGCGGAAGAUGUGCUGGGAGAGCUACGGAGGGCGUUGAAGGGUGUGGUCGACAAGUCUGCUUUGUCUGCCUCGGCACAGCUAGUGUCGGGAAACAAGCGGUCUCGUGUGUCUCUAUCGUCAACAUCCUCAUCUCCGCUGCACUGA